GUCAAAACUUGCAAGAACCAAACGCAGUCUUCAGAAUCUUCUUCCUUCAUCACACAAUCAAAGCAUUUCAUCUGGGCUUCUUAAAUCUAAGUCUUUAAAAUGACUAAGUUUUCUUCCUUUUCUCUGUUUUUCCUAAUAGCUGGGGCUUGUAUGACUCCUGUGUGUUUCAAUAUGGAAAUUAUUGGAGGGAAAGAAGUGUCACCUCACUCCAGGCCAUUUAUGGCCUCCAUCCAGUAUGGCGGACAUCAUGUUUGUGGAGGUGUUCUGAUUGAUCCACAGUGGGUGCUGACAGCGGCUCACUGCCAAUAUCCGUUUACCAAAGGCCAGUCUCCCACUGUGGUUUUAGGAGCACACUCUCUCUCAAAGAAUGAGGCCUCCAAACAAACAUUGGAGAUUAAAAAAUUUAUACCAUUCCCAAGAUUUACAUCAGAUCCUCAAUCAAAUGAUAUUAUGCUGGUUAAGCUUCAAACAGCCGCAAAACUCAAUAAACAUGUCAAGCUGCUCCACGUAAGAUCCAAAAACUAUCUUAGAUCUGGAACCAAAUGCGAGGUUACUGGCUGGGGAGCCACCGACCCAGAUUUCUUAAGACCUUCUGAUACCCUGAGAGAAGUCACUGUUACUGUCCUAAGUCGAAAACUUUGCAACAGCCAAAGUUACUACAAUCACGACCCUUUUAUCACCAAAGACAUGGUCUGUGCAGGAGAUGCCAAAGGCCAGAAGGAUUCCUGUAAGGGUGAUUCAGGGGGCCCCUUGAUUUGUAAAGGUGUCUUCCAUGCCAUAGUCUCUGGAGGUCAUGAAUGUGGUGUUGCCAAAAAGCCUGGAAUCUACACCCUGCUAAACAAGAAAUACCAGACUUGGAUCAAAAGCAACCUUGCCCCACCUCAUACAAAUUAAGUUACAAAUGAUUUUCUUGGAUGCACUUGCUUCUUUUUUCCUAAAUGCUCACAGGUUAGAGUUGGAUGUAAGUAAAGCAGAACACAAGAUGGGGUCCAUUUUUGUACUUGUAAGUCAUUUUAUUAAGGAAUCAAGUUCUUUUUCUCUUGUGUCACUGAUGUAUUUCUACCAUGCUGGUUUUAUUCUAAAUAAAAUUUAGAAGACUCUC